AUGGAGCCACAAGGAAACAUGGUGAUUAAAAUUGAGGACGCCGUCAAGAAGGCUGUGGAAGACACAAUCAACGCCGAAGUUCGUUCUGGAGCGGUGGGCCGAUAUUCAAACCCAUCGGCGUCCGGCCAUGCAACAUCUCACCCACUUGCUUUGACGACAUUUGACACCUCAUCCACGCUUCCAGAUUUUAUUCCACUGGUGGGUGUCGCAUGGCCUGAACCAGUCAAGGCGGUUUGGAAAACAUUCAAGGCAAACUCCAUCGUUGGUCUCUUUCCGGAGCUCUCCAGGGCGUGGAUAACUGUGGACAAUAAGCUUCUCGUGUGGAAUUACGGUACGGGAAGGGAUUUUUUAGUGUACGAUGAGAUACCAGAACUUAUCGUGGCUGUGGGUAAUCCGGUUACGCCCGCCACGGCUGUUUUUCAGCCUCACAUUACACUUGUGUUCCCUGUAGCCACUCCGAAAACAAUUCAUCUUCUGGGGCUAUGUGUAGUGGGGGAUGAACCCGCAAAAAGUGCCGAACUAUGUGUGGUAAACCUGGGUUUCUCUGCAUUAGCUCCCACUCUGGUCAUCAAGUUUGUUGGAUUGAAUGAUGUGGGGCGUAUCUUUACCGCUGGAGCAGACGGGUGUCUCUACGAGCUGAUGUAUACGAAGGAAAGCACCCAAUUGUUUCCGAGAGUUAGGCUUAUAAAUUAUUCUAUCAUGUUCGCUGGCAUUCCAAUUUUGAGUACUGUUAGUUCACUCAUGAGCACUUUUAAGCAAGCAUGGGGGAAAGAAAGACCUGCGUUGCUUGAUGUUGCCCUGGAGGCGAAGCGCAAGCUACUGUUUACCUUGGAUGCCGAGAGCACAAUAGCAAUGUGGAGGAUAACAGACGAUGGGCUUAAGUUUCUCUCCACAAUAAAGUACACCCGGAGCUCCUUGGAUCGCUACCGUCACUCAGAGUCCUCAAUGGAUGGUGCGGAGCGUCUUGUAAAGAUAUUUUGUGUUUCACCGUACGAGGAAAAUUGUUCCGUUGUCGUCAUUGCAUCCAAUGGGGAGCAGCACCGAUAUAUCUGUCAAGAAGGCAUGUGGGACCGUAUUGAAGGGAACCUCACUUUGCGGGAUCGGUUACCUUCUUACGUUCCGUCCAAUCGUGAGGUCAGUGUUUGCUUUGCCUCGGAUGGCAUAGCCAUUUUUUGUCACACCGAAAAGGAUGACGAAAGUGCCCCCUCAGAUUCUGUGACUGUGGCCACCUCCCCCAAGGCAGUCAUACCGCCACAUCAUCAUUGCCGCGAUAUCGUUGCCCACUUUGAGCCCUCAUCGUCACGUAUGGUCCGAGUAGACGCGAUAGGUGAGGUUCCUGUGAAAAAAAGUGUAAGCCCUAACGAAUUGUGUUCUCAGGUGUCUUGCUCUUCUAAGCAGUUUGUUUUUGCACACCGUCAUGGCAUCUCGACCUUUAUGAAGCUGCGUCCUGUGGACACCCUUCAUAUGAUACUUUCAUUCUCUGGCCAUCAAACUCGUGACAGCCUGCUUCAGCGGUUUUCGUCGGUGUAUAAUGCCUCUGACUACUGCUGCAUGCUUGUGCAGAUUGCUGUUGGGUGCACAAACGUACCGGCUAUUGUAAACGGCCCAUAUAUUGAGAAUGGCAUCGCCAAUUCUCCCCUGUUGCAGACGGAGAAGUCUCAUGGGAAGUCACAAGGACCUCUUUCAAUGGAGAAGGUUGGCUCCCAACUAAUCAAUACGACUUCACAAGAAGCUCAACGUCUGGCCCGUGAAAUACUUCGUAAUGCGAUGAUGCCCAGCUGGCAUGAGGGUCCAACCUCCGCUAGUGGCGGCAGACAAAUUGUGGUGCAGGUGUCGCCCUUUGCGUUGGGGGUUGCAGCGUAUAUUGGAAGGGCACUCUACAAAGUCUGGGAGAUGACGAUGGGAAACCUUCCUUUGCAGGAUUUGGCUGUCAUUGAAGUGGCGCUUUCAUCGUUGGUGCGUCUGCUGAACAGUUUGAAAAAGGAUGUGUGGUCUGAAAAUCUGGUUCAACCCUCUGUGCCAUUUCGCUGGGAUCAGAGCAAGGUGACGCUGACAUUUCCUCCUUAUGGCUCUUCUGUAUCCUCCUAUGACCUUAAAAUGUUGCAGUCUGCUUUCUUGUACUCCGCUCACUUUCUCUGUGAGCGUGUAUUGCAGACUAUUAAGUUUGCAAAACAAACAGGGUACAUCCCACUUUCUUUGGAUGACAGCAAAGUCAGCUUUGCGCAAGUUGUGUGUGAUCAAAGUGUCGCCCAUCGACUGGCACGUUAUAUCGGAAGAUUGGUAUUGUCCAGUGAGCACACAGUUGGAUUUUCACAGCCAGACCGCAUUGGUCCAUUAACCCAGCUUCAACUUGAGUGUCCAUACUUCUUCAGCUCCAUUGAUGUUCAGGAGUACAGUGCAAGGAUUGAACUUGAUCAGAUACUUUCGUCAAGCAAUGAAAGCCUUCAUGCGUGUUCAGAGAGUAAAAUGACGGAGUGGGAAUCCUCUGUCUCUCGCGUGGCUGCAUCGUUAUGGACCUCCGGGGCUCUACAAGGUAUCUGCCAACAGCUUAAGGCACUUAAAAAGGAGGACGCCGUUGUCAGACUCCUCCUUCACGCUGCAAGUCAAUUGGACCCAAGCAAUUCAGUGUUUGAGAUUUAUCUUGCGGAACGAAACGGUAACAGAAGUCAGAACUUUAGCUCCACGCUUAAUGCAGUGUAUCAGCAAAAGGUGAAGUUGCUGACGGCGGUGGUUGGGACACUGGAGGAGACCUGGAAUACGCACCGUAGUGUGGUGGACGACCUCCUUGGAGGGCCACUGUCUUCGGGAUCUAUCUGGCAGGUUGAACCCUCAGAUGAGAUGGCGCAUUGCUUUCUAUUUGAUUGGAUGUGUGUGCCACGUGACGACGCAACCAUUACAUCCAUGCUGAAAGAGACGUUGUCCACGAUACAAUCUCCCUUUCUUGAGGCGUAUCUUCAACGCAAUGCGCUAACGCUUGGGGAACAGUACGCACACUACUUGCGAAGGACGAAAAAAAAUUUCAAGAAGGCUAUUGAGGUCUGCGCUGCGAUGGCACAGGCACCACUGGCAGACAUUUCACGCGAGGAACGCAUUCCCUACCGUCUCCGGUGUUGGUCUGAGGCACGAGACUGCGCUGCUGAGUGCAACUCCGAUCAGUUAGCGCUUCUGGAGGAGCGCGUCAAGCUGAUGGAGGCGCAACUCCAGCUAUCAAAGAUCAUUUGCGAGUUUAUUAAUAGUGGCCUUCCUCAGUUGGACCGACAGGUUUCUGUGAGUGGGCAGGCAUUGCUUACGGAGAGACAAAUCGCAUUGGAGCAGUUGGAGCUUGUGGAUAAUUUUGCGCUCUCCAUCAGUCAACUUCUUGAGGUUGCGGGUUUGUUCUGCGCAUUUGGUGGGGCGGAAGUGCAACUGGACGUCUUGAGUGCUUCGAAUGUCACUGACGCAUCGCUCUACGCAGCUUGUAUUGAGCAGGCAUUUCAACGAAGAAACACCACUGUUGAAGAAACAGCACGACGAAUUAUUGGUAAAUGCCGACAUUUGAUUGCUUUUCCGUUGAGCCACGUAGCCAAAAUGCUUGAGGCCCAUGCGUUUCAUCAGUCACCUGAGGGAUCCACGCUGACUGUUGACAUCCUUACGGACUGUGGGGUAGAACACAACAUUGUUUUUUUUACGCUGGCAUCAAUUGUUGAAAAGAAAGAUGCAGUUGGGCUUCCUUGCGAGGUAUUUGAUCGAUCCGGAGUGACAGAUGCGUUUCUGGUGCAUUCACUGGCUGUCGCCCUUCAUCAUGCGGUGUUCGCCCCACAUCUUAGGUCUGUGCAGUUGCACUUCUUGAGAAAUGCUCUCAACACAGUUCGUGAAGGCAUUAAUAGAUGUGCGUAUUUUCGUGGGGAUGAGUGCAGCCGUCGGGCGCUAACUUCGGCGGAGCAAAUAUUGGAGCAGUGCCACCUCGCCGCCGGUCGGUUAACUUCCAGGCCUGGUUUCUAG